CAAUUUUCGCAGCUGACAGGAAAAUUGCAAAAUUGAAGCUGUAAACUUUGCGAGCAGUGCAAAGCGACGAUCAGUUGAACGCUAGCAAUCGACGGACCAAGUUGCAAAUGCUCAAUAACGGAACAGAGCUAUUGCAAAGCACUUCUAACGGAAUUAUUUAUAGAAUAACAUUUGCAUUUGACAACUGUGUGUAAAGUGUCACAAGUAAUUGUAAAGCUAUGACGACAACCUUUAAGAUCAAUGGCCAGCCGUAUACGGUGAAUCUGGCCAAUCUACCGCCUGACAUAACGCUCAACACCUUCAUCCGGGAGCAUGCACAGCUAACAGCGACCAAGUUCAUGUGCCAGGAGGGAGGCUGCGGUGUCUGUGUGUGCGUUGUGCGCGACGGGAAGCGCACCUGGUCCGUCAAUUCGUGCUUGACGCUCUUGAAUACCUGCACUCAGCUGGAGAUCAUUACGUCGGAGGGACUGGGUAACAAGAGCAGCGGAUAUCAUCCCAUACAGAAGCGUCUGGCCAAGCUUAAUGGCACCCAGUGUGGCUACUGCUCUCCAGCAUUCGUAAUGAAUAUGUACGGGCUGCUGGAGGGCAAUGGAGGUCAGGUGACCAUGGCCGAGGUGGAGAAUGCAUUUGGUGGCAACAUCUGUCGCUGCACCGGCUACCGACCCAUCUUGGAUGCCAUGAAAUCCUUUGCCGCAGACAGCAACAUACAGCUACCGGAUGAGUGCAUGGAUAUGGAGGACAUGGGAGCCCGGAACUGUCCCAAAACUAACAAACCCUGCGCAGGCUGUUGCCCUAAACUGGGUAAGCUCUGUGCAUGCGGCUGUCAACGGACAUCGUUGAACUAUGAGGAUGGAAGCCAGUGGCAUUGGCCCAAGAACUUGGCCCAAUUGUUCGAGGCACUUGACAAGGUCGACGAGCAGGAGCAAUUUAUGCUUGUGGCUGGAAACACGGCACAUGGUGUCUAUAGACGUUCCCAGGACAUCAAGCACUUUAUCGACAUCCGCGGUGUCACGGAGCUUCAACAACACAGCUUGGAUGCGAACCAGCUAAAGUUAGGCGCCAAUCUGAGCAUCAGCCAGACCAUGGACUUACUCAAAUCCACCUCACAGCAAACUGGCUUUGAGUAUCUGAAGGAGCUGUGGCAACAUUUGGAUCUUAUUGCCAAUGUGCCUGUACGCAAUUCUGGCACUCUGGCUGGCAACAUCGCUAUCAAGAAGCAACAUCCAGAGUUUCCAUCGGAUGUCUACAUUUGUUUUGAAGCACUCAAUGUGAGUGUCUUGGCCACGAAUAACGGCAAAGAUGAGCAGCAAAUGUCCCUGGCGGAUUAUCUUGGCUCUAGCGAUAGAAAACUGUUGCUCAAAGCUUUCCUUCUGCCUUCUUAUCCUAAGGAUAAGUUUAUAUACGAUUCUUAUAAGAUCAUGCCACGUGCCCAGAACGCUCAUGCCUAUGUGAAUGCAGCCUUUCUGCUGGAAAUGGACUCGGAUUCGAAGGUGAAAAGUGCUCGGAUCUGCUUUGGUGGCAUUCGUCCGGACUUUGUGCAUGCCAAGACUAUUGAGGAGUUAAUAGCUGGACGGAAUCCCUUUGAGAAUACAUUGCUGGAGCAGGUUUUCACUAAGCUUCCAACGCUGCUGCAACCGGAUGAAGUGUUGCCGGAUGCCUCGCCCGCUUACCGAUUGAGCCUGGCCUGUGGAUUGAUGUACAAGUUUCUGUUGAAGCACGCGCCUGCGUCGGAGGUUAGUGAUUCCUUCAGAAGCGGUGGUCAGGUGCUGCAGCGACCGCUCUCCUCUGGUGUCCAGGUAUACCAGUCGCAGAAGAAAAGCUACCCCGUGACACAGGCGGUUCAGAAGGUGGAGGGCAUGAUUCAGUGCUCCGGCGAGGCGACGUACAUGAACGAUGUAUUGACUACGGCAAAUACGCUGCACUGCGCCUUUGUGGGUGCCACCAAAGUGGGCGCCAGCAUUGAACAGAUCGAUGCAGCGGAGGCACUGCUUCAACCCGGCGUGGUUGCCUUCUACAGUGCCAAGGAUGUGCCUGGCACGAACACAUUUAGUGAUCCCAAUUUUGGUUAUGAGGCGGAGGAAAUCUUCUGUACAACUCGGGUGCGACACUUUGAACAGCCUGUGGGCGUGGUGGUGGCUCUGAGUGCGGAAUCUGCGAACCGUGCUGCUCAGCUGGUGAAGAUUAGCUAUGGUCAGCCAGAUCCUUCACUCUCAAUAAUGCCCAGCUUAAGUGAUGUCCUGGACAUGUCGCCGCGGGAGGAAUCUCGCAUUCUACGCGUUGCGAGUGAGAAGCCGGGCAAGCUUCAAUGCACGGCAGCUCCGGAUAAGAGCGUGAAAGGUGUGUUCCAAAUGGGACUGCAGUAUCACUUCACCAUGGAGCCACAGACAACGGUUGCAGUGCCAUUUGAGGACGGCCUCAAGGUCUUCUCUGCCACACAGUGGAUGGAUCACACGCAGUCCGUAAUUGCCCACAUGCUGCAGCUGAAGGCCAAGGACAUACAGCUUCAGGUGCGACGCUUGGGUGGAGGCUAUGGUUGCAAGAUAUCACGUGGUAACCAGGUGGCCUGUGCCGCCUCCUUAGCUGCCCACAAGCUGAACCGCCCGGUGCGGUUUGUACAGUCCAUUGAGUCCAUGAUGGAUUCGAAUGGCAAAAGAUGGGCUUGUCGCUCCGACUACGAGUUCCAUGUGCAGGCCAAUGGAAAAAUUGUGGGAUUGCAAAACGAUUUCUAUGAGGAUGCUGGCUGGAAUGCCAACGAGAGUCCCAUCGAUGGACACUCCACAUUUACGGCGGCCAAUUGUUACGACUUCACCGACAGCAACUUUAAGAUCAACGGCAACGCUGUGCUCACGGAUGCGCCCAGCUCGACAUGGUGUCGUGCUCCUGGCUCCGUCGAGGGCAUUGCCAUGAUGGAGAACAUUGUGGAGCAUGUCGCCUUCGAGGUGGAGCGUGAUCCGGCCGAAGUGCGGCUGCUCAAUAUGACCAGGGGCAACAAGCUAAUCGAGCUGCUGCCACAAUUUCUAAGGUCCAGGGAGUAUGACGCACGCCGGAAGGAGAUUGAGACACACAAUGCUACGAAUCGAUGGAUGAAACGUGGCCUGGGCCUGGCCGUGAUGGACUAUCCGAUAUUCUACUUUGGACAGUAUCCGGCAACGGUGGCCAUCUACCAUGUCGAUGGCACAGUUGUGAUCUCCCAUGGUGGCAUCGAAAUGGGACAAGGCAUGAACACAAAGAUCUGCCAGGUGGCAGCCUACACAUUGGGUAUCGACUUGAGCUACAUUAAAGUGGAGUCCUCGGACACAAUAAAUGGUGCCAAUUCCAUGGUCACCGGUGGAGCUGUGGGCAGCGAGAGUCUUUGCUUUGCGGUCCGCAAGGCUUGCGAGACUCUCAACUCGCGUCUGCAGCCCGUGAAGAAGGAUAAGGCCAGCUGGCAGGAUACAGUGCAGGCGGCAUAUGCAGCCUCAAUUAACCUGAUUGCCUCGGACCAUUACAAAGAGGGUGACAUGCAGAACUAUCAUGUGUAUGGUCUGGCUCUGACCGAAAUCGAGCUGGAUGUGCUCACAGGCAAUAAUCAGAUCAAACGUGUUGAUCUCCUGGAGGAUGCAGGAGAAAGUCUCAGUCCCAACAUAGAUAUUGGCCAAAUUGAGGGCGCCUUUGUCAUGUGCCUGGGCUACUGGCUGAGCGAACAGCUGAUUUAUGAUCGCCAAACGGGCCGUUUGUUGACCAACCGCACCUGGAACUACAAACCACCCGGUCCCAAGGAUAUUCCCAUUGAUUUUCGCAUCGAACUGGUGCAGAAUCCUCAACCCAGCAGCGCUGGUUUCAUGCGCUCCAAGGCGACUGGUGAGCCACCCUGUUGCCUGGCCGUUAGCGUUAUAUUUGCUCUGCAACAGGCCUUGCAGUCGGCCAGGAAGGAUGCCGGUUUGCCAAGGGAAUGGGUACGACUGGGUGCACCCACAACUCCCGAAACAUUGGUACUUAAUGCUGGACAUGAUGUCAAGUUAUUUAGACUUAAGUAAUAUUAUCCAUUAUGUACAUUUGAUACAUAUUUAACUUACAAUCAUCUAUGAAGUGAUGGAACAACUGAAGUUUUGGCGCUAACGAUUGCUAUUAAAACAAAAAAAAAAAAAAUAA